UUGAGUGCGGGCGGGCGGAAGCCUGUCAGGGUCCUUGGGAGUGGCAGCUCUCAGGUGUGCCUAGGCUCAGGUGGCCCUACGGCAAACUGCCUCCUUUUACGGCCCCCAUACCAGCUAUUCAAUCUUGCUUGGGGCCAGGACCAGCUCCACGUCCUUGAGCAUGCAUUAGUCCCUUGCCACCUGCCAUGCCUCAGUUUACCUCCGAGUGAACUGAGGGAGAAGCCUCUCCACUUGGCCCUCAGGGCCCCCACCGUGGCCGAAGGUGUCUGUCUGCAGAGCCAGAGCCGGGCUACGCCGCCACACCGCACCAUGGCGCCCACCCUGGCCACUGCCCAUCGGCGCCGCUGGUGGAUGGCCUGCACGGCUGUGUUGGAAAACCUCCUCUUCUCUGCAGUCCUCCUGGGCUGGGGCUCGCUGCUCAUCAUGCUCAAGUCAGAGGGCUUUUACUCCUACCUGUGUACGAAGCCAGAGAAUGUCACCAAUGGCACUGUCGGGAGCACUGCAGAGCCAGAGCACGAGGAGGUGAGCCUGGUGAACGGCUGGCUCAGCUGCAAGGCCCAAGAUGAGAUUCUAAAUUUGGCAUUCACUGUGGGUUCCUUCCUGCUCAGUGCCAUCACCCUGCCUCUGGGCAUCAUCAUGGACAAGUAUGGUCCAAGGAAUCUCAGGCUACUGGGCAGUGCCUGCUUUGCGGUCUCCUGCUUGCUGAUUGCAUAUGGAGCGAGUAACCCAGACUCACUCUCUGUGCUCAUCUUCAUCGCCUUGGCUCUGAAUGGCUUUGGGGGGAUGUGCAUGACCUUCACUUCAUUAACCCUGCCCAAUAUGUUCGGUGACCUUCGAUCUACGUUUAUUGCCUUGAUGAUUGGAUCCUAUGCUUCCUCAGCAGUUACUUUCCCAGGAAUCAAGCUCAUCUACGAUGCCGGUGCCUCCUUUAUUGUCAUCCUGGUGGUUUGGGCUGGCUGCUCUGGCCUGGUCUUCUUCAACUGUUUCUUCAACUGGCCGCUAGAGCCCUUCCCAGGACCAGAGGACAUGGACUACUCGGUGAAGAUUAAGUUCAGCUGGCUGGGCUUUGACCACAAGAUCACAGGGAAGCAGUUCUACAAGCAGGUGACCACAGUGGGGCGCCGCCUGAGCGUGGGCAGCUCCAUGAGGAGCGCCAAGGAGCAAGCUGCGCUGCAGGAGGGUCACAAGCUGUGCCUGUCCACUGUCGACCUGGAGGUGAAGUGCCAGCCUGAUGCAGCAGCUGCCCCCUCGUUCAUGCACAGUGUGUUCAGCCCCAUCCUGCUGCUCAGCCUGGUCACCAUGUGUGUCACACAGCUGCGGCUCAUCUUCUACAUGGGGGCCAUGAACAGCAUCCUUGAGUUCUUAGUCAGCGGUGACCAGAAGACAGUUGCCCUCUAUACGUCCAUCUUUGGCGCGCUCCAGCUGCUCUGCCUGCUGACAGCUCCUGUCAUCGGCUACAUCAUGGACUGGAAGCUAAAGGAGUGUGAAGAUACUUCUGAGGAGCCUGAGGAGAAAGACACCACUCAAGGUGAAAAGAAGCAGAAACGAGACAGGCAGAUCCAGAAAAUUACUAACGCCAUGCGGGCCUUCGCCUUUACAAACGUGCUGCUGGUGGGCUUUGGGGUGACCUGCCUCAUUCCUAGUUUACCUCUACAGAUCUUCUCCUUCGUCCUGCACACAAUUGUGCGAGGAUUCAUCCACUCUGCAGUAGGGGGCCUAUAUGCUGCUGUGUACCCCUCCACGCAGUUCGGUAGCCUCACGGGACUGCAGUCUCUAGUCAGCGCGCUCUUUGCCCUCCUGCAGCAGCCGCUGUUUCUGGCCAUGAUGGGUCCUCUAGGAGGAGACCCUCUGUGGGUGAACGUGGGUCUACUUGCUGUGAGCAUGCUAGGCUUCUGCCUGCCCCUUUACCUGAUUUGCUACCGGCGCCAGCUGGAGAGGCAGCUUCAACAGAAGCGGGAAGACAGCAAGCUGUUCCUUAAGGUCAAUGGCUCAAACAACCGGGAAGCUUUCGUGUAGUGCCCACCGCCUCAGCUGUGGUCGACUGCCUGUGCUUCAGUGACUGACCGCUGUCAUCUCCCCGCCCCAGAGGAUCCCAUGCGCUCCCUGGAUCCUGCCCUUCACCAUGCCAGAGCCCCGUACUUCCUCACAAAGCCCUGGCCCUGCUGUGGAGUGCUGGUGUGGAAGGACAGGAGAGGGCCCAGACAAAUGAACCUCCCACUGCCAGAAACUGGGCUGGCCUGGCCUAGCUGUCACCCCAGGAACUCUGGGGUCUUGGAUCUCCAUGGGGCCUCUACCUGGAGUCAAGGAGAGCCCCUAGCAAGCAGACUCUCCCUCACUGAUCUGGAUUCUGCCUCUUGCCAAAGCAGAGGGGCCUGCCAUCCUCUACCCACACUACCUGUCCCUGAGCUGCAUGCCCACCAGCCACACCUACCUGAGGACAAAGGCUUGCACUGUCUGCACUCCCCUGGCCUGGCCUUUUACCUCCCCUGACUAGUCUGUGGCUGCCUGAGGAAGGAAGGACCCGCUUCCUGUUGUUGGUGCUAACCCCUUUGUAAUCCCAAUGCUCCCUCACCCUCCACUGCUUCCCCCCCCCCCCAGUGGCUAGUCCUUGGCCUGUCUUUUCCUUGAAGGCCUAUGGAGAUGCCCCCCACCCCUGUCCUUUCUCAGUCUGGGGAAGGGAUGAAGGACCGAAUAGUUAACAAAACCUCGGGAAUCCUGGACAAGGCUUAUUCCUUAUACUGGGGGAAUACAUUUCUACUGCUGCCCUUGUUCCAGCCUGCAACCUGAAGGGAGCUAAGGGGACAUCACAAGGGAAGGUCACCCUUCCACCCACACACAGCUGUUUUUCUGGGGUGGAAAUAAGGCGGUGACUGACAGACGUGGAGAGCCAGGCCUAGCAAGUAACGGGGGUGGGGUGUGUUUGUGUGUGUGUGUGUGUGUGUGUACAUGUGCAUAUGUGGUAGAGGGUACCCCCAGGGGCUGCUUUUAUGAGAGUGGACCAGACCAGAAGCCAGCCAUGCCCGCAGCAGGCUCAAGAUGGGAGAGUGACCCUUGCUUUAUAAUGGGGACCUUGUAUGUGGCCAUGUGGCCACAGUGCCCCCUGCUGGCAGACUCUUAACAGGGCACUGGAGCUGUUUGUGUGGGGAAAGCCUAGCUGGCCUGCCUGGCUCAAUAACCCAAUUACCUUGACAGCCCCUAGAGACCCUGUCUGAGACAUCUUGGGGUACUAAGAGGGAUGAAUUAGUUUUUUUUAAAGUCUAUUGUUUUCUUUUAAGUUGCAUCAGAAUUAUUCUUAUGAAGCAAUAAAUCAAUUUUCCUGUUGGUAAUGGA